AACAUUGAUUCCAAAAUACUUUCGAUGGCGGGAAGUUCGCUGUCGAGACUGUUUUAUGGCGCGCCACUCACCAGAGAACCGUUGGACACUGUCACCACCUAUUGCAAGAACAUUACCACGAUAUUUAUUGUUUGUUCUUCGACGGGUGUUUGUCAAUUCAUUGGAUCCAGCAUUAGCACGCUCGAAAAAUUAAAGAGGCUUGAGAUCGAAUGUAAUUGUUAUGAUGUGACCAACAUCAUUUUACAAAGUUUAGAGAACAAAUUGCCUUUGUCACUUGUUUACCUGAGAUUUAUUAGUUUUGAAUUGAUUGCACCGAGUGCAUUGAAUAAAUUCCUCGAAAAAUGCGAUGCACCCUUAGAAACAUUGAUCAUAAGUUUAGACUGGCAGAAAUACUCAUUCGAAUAUGGUUACGCGAUCAUUAAAUUUUAUGAUAGAAUGCACACCCUGAAGAGGUUAGAAACCGGUACUUACAUGGAUAAAUUAGUUUUCGUGGCUAUAGAAAGUUGUGGAGUGAAAAUCUCGGAGAUUGAUAAAUUCAAAUCUUUGAGGUAUUACUUUUAA